AUGGACUGCAAGGAAAUCGUCGCCCUUGUCAACCAGUGCUGCACGUAUUGCUGCCGCGCGGUUGAUUUUGGCUCACACGAUUACUGUGGAGGUAGCAAGAACUGCCACCGGUGUCCGUCAGAGUAG